UAGGACGUAACACAGGGAUGAGGAGAAAACAAUCAUUUGGAUCCUACACAACACGUUGUUGUACCUAAAUAAUUCCACAAGAGGGCGACAUAUAAACAUUUCUUAAAACCAAUUAACCUCUACUGCCUUCAGUCCAUGACGUCCCCGACUAACUAAAAGUCUGCGUCUGCAAAAAUGCUCUUUUAUCAUAACUCGACAUGAAAGUAGCAAAGCCAAAACAGUCAAUGACAUGCUUUUCGGGAUAUACAUUUAGCUAUGGUGGAAGAAAAGGUAAGUGAAAUAUAGGGGAAGGUAGAACAUGUUUUACAGUAAGUUUAAAGUUGUUAUCACCAAUUUAGCUCUGAUAGGCCUUUGGCAAUCCAAGCUUUUGGGAUCGUACUCAAGGCUACUUGGUUUAGGCCUGGCUAUAGCCUAGGGAUACAGUCCAAUAAUAUCUCCUUCUCCUGAAGUGUACACUCGUUCGCUUCUUCCUACAAAUCUAAAAUCAUUGGAUUGGUGGAGGCAUGGGCUAGAGAGGAAUAUGCUACCAAAUAGCACCUUAUUCCCUAAUGUAGGCCUACUUUUAAGGAAUGCACUAUAAGGAAUAGAUCAAUCAACUGGCUCACUAAAUGGGGUACCGAAAUACAUCCAAAAGAGGUCGACACGAAAUUAGACUAGGUUUAUUUCUGUUUUGACCUACUGAGUCGCAGUGCUUAGUGAACAGAUUUCAAUGUGGGCCUAGCUGUAUCGAAAACGGUUGAUGGGGAAAGUGUGUAAUCUGAUCAAUAUAUUUCCCCCCCAAUAUUAAUGAGAGAAUGGGAAUGUGCAUAAAGGUCUAACAUUCCAUGACGUGGUAUGAAGUUCUUAAUUCGUCAGUGGCUGCAAUAUUGUCCUCAGUAAACUCAACAUGAGUGAAAACAACACAGACAAGGACAAGUUUUUCGAGAUAUAAAAAAUACUGUAUGCUAUUAUGGAUGAAGAAAAGGUAGGUUAAAUGACACUAAAUAUUUGGGAAUGUAACUAAGGAAAACGUCAUUUAAGAUAACAUAGGCUAUUGCAAAACAAAUGUCUAAUUCUCUCUAUUAAGUCAAUCACCAGUUUAGCUCUGAUAUGGCUGUAGCUCUAUGAUGUCCUUUGCAAGAAUCUAAUCUGACAUUGACAUGAAAUUCCUAUGUCCUUCAGGUAGUACAGAGAGAUGAUGAUGAUCCCCCGAGGGAGGGGAGGGAGGUUGUUGAGGAAGAACCAGUGGCCCAGCUCAAGAAGGAGCCCAAGAAGACAGGAAAGGAUUGAGGAAUAAACACCCGGACAGAGGAUCUGUUAUUGAGCUCUUGGAGAAGAAUGCUCUUAAGGCUGCAUUCGGCCCAGGCAACAAAGAUGAGAUGGAGGACUGCUACCCAAUCCUCAUCUCAUUCAUGCGCAAUCUUACUGAUGAGCAAUGGCAAGUGAUCUAUAAAGGAUUUAAAAAACCUAUGACAAAGGAACAGCUUGCAAAAUUGUGCAAGACCAUUGUCAACUCCAUUACACAGACCACCCUGCAGAUCCUGCUGCCGGCCCUGGCCCGCAUUCUAGGGGUGACGGGCUUUUAUGACAACAAAUAUUUGGCGAAGGAGAUGUGUAGCUGUGGCGGCAGGGCUCUCCGACCAAGGUCUAGCACACCCUCUUCCAAGAGUUCCCAGACCUCACUGAAAGCCCACCUGGGAAUGCCAGAGGACAGUAUCAUCAGCAGUGCCCAGGAGCAACUGUCAAAAUCUGACCAAAUGGUGGCUGCAGGACAGCUUUCAGAAAUAGAUAAAGUGGUUGGAACUAUGCUGGAGAACAUUGAGAAGAUAAGCAGCGAAUUUGGCGAGGAAUUGGUCUAUCAAGAGUCACUGCGGUCUUCCUCCUCGUUGUCAUUCUCAACUGCCAAAUCACAGAAGACAGAGUGGGAAUUUGCACUCCCUGGCACUCCCAUUCCUUCUGAGUUACCCGAGAGUACUGCUCAGCCCAUUGUAAGAUGCUCAGUCAUUGACAUGAGCGAAUCUACUAAGCCAAAAACAAUGGUGUGUGAUGCCAGAACAAGCAUGUUUGCCAUAGCCGAUACCAUCAUGAAGAAGGUAUAUCCAGAGGCAGAAGGGCAGGUUACAUCUCACCCUGAUCUAACAGAUCCAAUAGCUAGACUGGAGGAGCUCAUAUCUCAGGGUAGGAUUGGUGCUCUCUCCCGUGAUCUCAGUCACCAAGUCAACCGCAUAAUUUCCGAUAGCAACUUGACCCCUCUGGGACUGACAGUGGUGGCUGGAAAGAGUGCAUCUGAUACCAUCCUUUCGAAGCUGAAGAGGAAUGACAAGGUGGGGAAGCCCACAACUUACGAGCUGGUUCAGCUGUUUGUAGAGGAGUCUGUUAAGUGCCUCCUGCUUCCUAGUUUUGUGCCCUAUUCAACUUCAAUGAGUUUGGCUCAGGGGGCCAAGGUGUUGGCUAGAGUGUCUGAAGAUAGAAUUUCAUGCUCUUCUUCUUCUUCAUCAGUAUUUAGUGACAGUCAGUCUCUUUACCAAAGUUAUGGUAAGCCAGGUCAUGUACUCUGUGGAUUCUGAUGCAGAAAGUAGAGGAUCCUCUCCAACUGAAUCUCUCCAAACAUCUGAACCCACUAUAUCUGAUGUAGGCAAUCUAUUGAGUGGCAAGUUCUCCCCUCGGCUGUCUCCUUCUGGCACCAUUAUGGCAACAAGCGAGACCUCCAAUGCAGCACAAAUCUUGAAGGCCAACAUUGAUGGAGAGGAAGUGGAUACCACCAGUCAUUCUGGUGUAGCUCAAAACAUUGUCAGGGACGAUAUGUCAACCAGCCCAGACAUGGUCAAAGAUGUCACACUUCCAACCCCAUCCUCUGAUAACUUGGGCGGUGAUGAUGACUUCACCGGCCUCAUC